AUGGAAUCGGAACGAGACCCGCCGUUACUAACGACGGGACGCGGGGGUUCCGGGGGGAAUGCCAUAUGACGUGUCCGAGGAUGAGGUGUAUGAUAAUAGGCGCCCGUCAAAGUGAUAUCAAGUAUGUCAGUUUCAAAAUUUUCUCAUUUUGGUGGCUUGAUUUGACGUCAAUUUGACAGCGAGUGAUGUCAUUUGAUAUCAGAAUUAAACGCGUCAUACAGGGUGGUGAUCCGCGCCGUGGUUUUUUCUGCUUUUACUGUACCGCAUUCUUGCGUUCGGACGGGUUAUGGGUUGCAUACUCGCACGGGGCCGUAAGGCGCCAUGGCGAGCGACGAUAGGCAAGCCCGCCCGCAAGCAUGAAUCCGGUACAGUGUAAGCAGAAAAGAACCACGGCGCGGAUCACCCAUCCUGUAUCAGGCCACCGAAAUGACAAAUUUUUGGCACUGGUACACACUUGAUGUCAGGACCGUGUUCUCUGGGGAAUACAUUGAAUAAUCUUACGAAAAGUUUUUUUCACUCCGCCGUUCUUUUCCUGGUGAAAUACAGGACAGGGGAAUACCCACCCAAGGCUCAUGAGUGCGAAUAUCCUGAUGGGCUAUUCACAGGUUAGCCGUUCGCGCGCUUAGCGGAUCGCGAUCGCAUGCAUCGUUUGUUUUUGUAAACACCGACACCGACCCACUGUUCCCUGUGCGCUGUGCGUGCGCCGGUGCUUGAAAUAUUCGGUUUUAUCUGACAAACCGUGUGAAAUGAUGAUAUUCAUUGACAUCCACUCUAUCGCACUAACUACCACUUUUUCCCGGUUGUAAAUCCAAGCGUUUUUUUAAUCGCACUGUUAGUGUAUUUAUUUGGUAACAAAGUUAACCUAACUGAAAGAAAAAGAAGACGAUUUUUAUUUAUAAACAAACAAGAAAAGACUUUUAUAUCUGUCGUAUUAACACCUCAAAAUGGUUGCUACUUGCCUUGGAUUCUCACCUUUACCUCCAGAAGGACAUGUUAGUGUUUGUGAGAUUGAUGGUAAAGUUUGUCACAAACCGUUUGAAAGUGCCAGUCCAAUUGAAUUUACCUCCACAGUGUCAGGCUACCCGUCAAUAUCAUUAUCACAUGAUGCAGUUCACAUGGCUGCAGGGGAGGAUGCUCGCCAUGUAUUCCUCCAUGUUGAAGAAAAGCUGCUUAAAAGGAUCAUGUCUACAUGGUAUGAACAGGGUGCCAUAGAAGCACUACAACUGGCCUCCUCACCAAGUGAUCAGUCAAGUGCUAUCUUACAGUGGUCUGCUAGACUUGCUCUUAAGACCAUGCACGUGAUGUCUUUAGCUGUGAAUACAAUUUUCCCUACAUUUGGUGAAAGAGGCCAACACACAAAUUCAACUGGAUCCCAGGCCCAAUCAUUGCACCGGAACCCUGUACGCUUUGUUGUUUGGCAUCCACACUGUACAAAGAUUGCUGUAGCUGUAUCUGAUGAUUCAGUCAGAGUCUAUGCAGCUGCAACACCAGGCUUUGUUCCAACUCUCAGAAGUAAACUUCAACGAUCAGUAACUUGUUUAGCAUGGAGACCUCACUCAGCAUCAGAGCUAGCUGUUGGUUGCCAUGCUGGAGUAUUGGUAUGGCAGGUGGACCCAAAGUCUGUUGUUACUCGUCCAUCCAUCACAUGUGCUACAGUUUUGAAGCGGCCGGGUCACAGCCCCAUUACGAGCAUUCAGUGGAACUCAACAGGAACUCUUCUGGUUAGUGCUGCAUCAAGCGACUCAUCUAUGUACAUUUGGGACGUUGAUCUGCAAGAAUCAGUCCCUCUUCGUCGAGUUGGUGGUGGUGGUGUGAAUCUACUGUCAUGGUCACCUGAUGUACACAAACUACUUGCUGCCACCACAAGUGUAACUUUUCGAGUGUGGAAUACCAGCAACUGGGUGCCAGAACGAUGGCGUGUCUUGUCUGGUUAUGUGCGCUCAGCUUGUUGGUCACCUUGCAGUACAAUCCUCUUGUUCACUACAUCCGAAGAAUCGGUUGUUUACGCUCUUCAGUUUAAGCCAAACUGUGCCCAACUGGAUACCAUGUUUUAUUCUGAUACCCCUGUCAGUGAGCAAGGUGCACGGGUUGUUAUAAAUUUGGAACCUGAAGAGGUUGGCAAUGGUCUGAGGAUUGGAGGCCCUGUCAUGUCAAUGGUUUGGGACAAACUUGGCCGUCAUUUAGCGCUGAUAUUCGAAAAUUCAUCCUUAGUUGCUGUUUACAGAACAGAUUUGAUGCCCCACCUUCUCAUCACACCAUGUUGUCUCGUCAAGGGAGCAUCGGGGGAGCAACCGACAGCUAUUGCCUUUCAAAGCAAUUUUGAUGCAGGAGCAUGUCUUACUAUAGCAUGGUCUACUGGUCGCAUACAGUAUUUUCCCAUGGUCUACCAGGAAUUAAAAAAUCCAAGUCAGUCUAUAGGUCAUAACGAUAGUGUACAAUUUAGACCAGAUCACUCUAUCUUUGAAUCAUCUAGAAUCCAUGAUGGGUCUUUAUUGCAGAGCUUUCAUGAUUCAUUCCUGUCAUAUUAAAUACCUUUUUGUAAGAAAAAAAAUAUUUUCUUUUUUAAAAAUGAGAAGAUGUUAACAAUAUAUUUCUAUGAAUUUAUUUUUGAUCUGAUACUGCCAUUUUAGUAAACUUAUUUAAUCUUGAAA